CUUUUUAAUAUCGGUGUGAUCCAUACUCGUGGCGAUUAUUCGUCGCUUAAAUUCCAAUUUACGCUGUCGUUGAUAUAAGAGUGGGUGCUCUGUUUGACAGAAUAUAAUCGCGGUUCUUAAUUAUGAUGGUGGUCAUCGCAUGGGUUGUUUAUUGUGUGUCUCCAGUUAUGAUGGUACCGAACUUUGUAGUGGAAAAAUACAGGCCUCGACUCGCAUUGGUUGAAACAUUGUGUUCUGUGAGAAGAGCAGACAAGCGUUGGGACAGCGUUAUUGGUACCAGAAACUAUUUAAUCUUUGAAUCGUAUCCAGGUUAUUUAGGGACUUGUUAGUUGUAGAUUCAGCCCGGGCGUCUUUUCUUCCACCAUAGCCCAUUUUAUCUUUGCAAUGCUCAACAUGGUCGGAUGGGCGAAGCUUCCGCUCUAAUGUGUAACAUCUCCAGGCUAACGUCAAUAUUAAACUGGAGGGCAGCUUGUAGCCGAGUUAGCAGACUGGAUUAGCCGGCUCGUUAGCUGGGAGUCACGGCUAUGUAGCCAGCACGCUAGGACCGUCUCGGUAGCCGCUAACAGCAGCAGGGCCGCCAUUGAAGUCGUGUGUGCGGUUUGUCGCAGUAUAGGAGGGCUUCGGGUUUACAGCCGCUGUUCACUGAGCCUCCUCAGCCGGAGCAACGACCCGCCCUGUCGUUUUCCGUCUGGUGACGGAGUUUCUGUUUCAGCUCGCUGUGGGGUUUGUUUUUCUCACAUAUUCCCGUGUCAGUUAAACGCGUCCUUUCCCGGGCUUUUCGCUGCGCAUCCACCGCCCGCUCGGUUAGCCAUCUUUGUUACAGCUAGCCAACAACUCCUGUUGGUAGGUCUUAUGGUUGUAGCCUGCUAACCCGCUCACCGUGAGCCCACGACGUAGUAUCCAACACCACCGCGCGUUAAACGAUUAGUUAGUUUAAUCUGUGUUUACGUGUGCACGGUUGGCUCCGCGUCGCAUAUUUGUAACUGACUCCGAUCUCCUUUAGUGUGUUAUGGAGGGCGGAAGCUAACUCUGCUAACUAGCUAGCGGCAGCCAUCUUAGGCGAGCAUGUAAUCUUGGCUAGCUGUGAGUGCUGGUGUGGCACAACAAGAUGGCCUGUUAACACUCACACGGGGACGAGUUCCGCCUCAAUAGUUGUGUCAUAAACCUCACAGAUUUACGCACCGCGAUUCAUAUUUUAAUGUCUGCUCACUGACGAGAGCACCAGCGCAGCACUGACGAAAUCAAAGAUCUAUACCCCCGAUUCCUUUUUGUGUCCUCGUCCGGCAGAAAAACGGAGGUCGUGGGGCUGGAGUGUGUGCUCAUGGCCGAGUCAGAGACUGAAUGUGACACACCCGGCCUUGACACGCUUGGGUCGGAGUGUGUCAUAGCCCACAGCCAUGUCGACCUUCACUAUGGAGCAGAAACUGAGAUCAUGACUGAAGAAAAGCGUGGAUUAGAACUGGAGAUCCACGGCUCAGACUUAAAGAUCCAGGGACUGGGGUCAGAUCUCGGAGCGGUAACCUGUGUGGAAGCAAUUGUAGCCGAGACAGACCAUGAUUACAUUAAGGUUGAACAUGGUGAGAUGCACUGUUUCACAGGUGCAGAAAUCAAGACGUCAGAAAAUGAGACUCUGCUGGGAGAGGUGCUGCUCAAGACGGAAAGCGAGCAUGUGGUGAAAGUAGAGUCUGACCACGGUGGGGAGUUGACAGUGGAGUCUGAGAAUGGUGUAAUCAUACACGAAGCCCAUGGCCUGCAGUGCAACGAGUGUGGGGAGAUUUUUGGCAGCAUAGCCGAUCUUCACCAACACUUUGAGAUCCAUAAGGACCUCAAUCCUUACAUCUGCGUCCACUGUGGUGAGAGCUUUGCAGUGGAGGCCAGCCUCAAACAACACAUGAAGAUUCACAUGAAAGAAAAGCCCUAUGUUCCUCCUGGAGUUGAGAUUAUGGGCAAAGAUGUUAUUGAUGCCUUCAGCCUCAAGUCUCAUCAGAUGAUUCAUUUGCCAGACAAGCCCCACAGAUGCUCAGAGUGCGGUAAGAGCUUUGCAGCUGCAAUCACCCUGAGAGAACACAUGAAGAUGCAUUCAGAAGACAAGCCUUACAAGUGCACCCAGUGUAGGAAGAGCUUUGUCCGCAGAAGGCAUCUGAAAAAGCACCAGGAGGUUCAUGCACGUGAGAAGCCAUAUACAUGUGGCCAGUGUGGCAAAGGCUUCGCCACAACUUCAAACCUGAAGCAGCACCAGAAGACCCAUGCUGCGGUUGUACUUGGAGACAAACCCCAUCGAUGUGCACAAUGUGGAAAGUGUUUUGCGGCUGCUGCCACUCUCCGAGAGCACCAGAGGAUCCACUCGGGUGAAAAGCCUUACAAAUGCAACAUGUGCAGGAAGAGUUUUGUCCGUAAACGCCAUCUGAAGAAGCAUCAGCAAGUCCAUGCCGGAGGGAAGCCCUACACCUGCAGACAUUGCAACAAGGGCUUCAAUCACUCCUCUUCUCUCUCACGCCACCACAAGACCCAUCUGCAGAAUCCAGUGUUUUCUCCACCUCAGCCUGGGAAAACCUUGUCCUAUGGCACUCCCCCAAAGCAGAGGGUGCACCAGCAAGGAGACAAGCCCUACAUGUGUCACCACUGUGAUAAGGGCUUCAAUCAUUCCUCUUCCCUGUCCCGGCACCAAAGAGUCCACUCGGAGGGAAAGAGUUACACCUGCGCUCACUGUGGCAAAAGAUUCAAUCACUCCUCCUCCCUUGCUCGACAUCAGAGGGUCCACUUGGAGAAUAAGCAGCAGCAACAGCAACAACAGCAGCAGCAGCAGCAGCAGCAGCCUCAGCCCCCUCAGCCGCCACCACAGCAGUACAGCACCAUGCCCACAGGGAAGGGAUUCCCUAACAACGCCUUCCCAAAACAGCGCAUCCUGUCCGUUGAAAAACCAUACAGGUGCUCCCAAUGUGGAAAAGGCUUUAACCAUUCAUCUUCCCUCUCCAGACAUCAUAGGAUCCAUGUAGACCAGUGAACCACCUUUCCCACCCCGCAUCUUGUCCCAUGCAAGCAAAAAAAGUAACCCUGCUAUCCCCAGUUUCUUUUUGAACAAUGGUCCCAUCAUUGCCAUUGCCACAUCACAGAAUACAUCAGGCCAACUUCUAUAGACAGAGGUCAGGUCAGCACAUUACCACGUUAAAGUGGAGCAGUUGAGAGAAAAAAUGGACGGUAGUACAAGUCUUUAAAGGAGGAAGGACCGUGUAACCUAUAAUUCAGAGCUGAAUCUGGGACUUGUUGAUCAAUAUAUAAAGAGGGUAUGAUAGAUUGUAAUGGAGCGUCUAUUCUUGUUUGUGAUUGUGCUUCACUUGCUCCAGGACCUCUUUUGAACACUUUUAAUAUAAAAAAUGUGAUUUGGUAAUCUAAAACUUGUUACUUAUGGAAAAUAUGCUUCGCCCCCUGGUUAGUCUUUUUGAUAAAAGAAUUGAGUUUAUGUACCUUCAGGUGGGCACAUGCGCUUUUCAGCUGCAACAUUAUCCAAGGCCAAUAACACAAUUGAGGAGUUAUCGCAAUUUAAAUAAUUAUUUCUUUUUCACCCCAUAACCCAUGUGACGCAAAUGUCAAAAAUCCAAUGUAAAUACUUAUUGAUUUUUCUUUUAUAUAUAUGUAUAGGUGACUAGUGUGCUGUUCCAAAAGAUUACAUUUUUGAUAGUAAGAUUCACUUUGUCUCCAUUUUUUUCCUUUUAUGACUUUAAUUUGUUUUAAGUGUUGGAGAUAAAUAUGUUGCAGGUGUUCUCAUGCCGCUUGUUCUUGAAUUUGGGCUCCAUCAGACAUGAGCCAUCUUGUAUAUUUAUACGGUUGUUUUCUUGUAUGUCCACGAUGGGUUAGCAACACUGCUACAUCGACUGUACAGAGAGCAAUACUGGCUAACACCCUGAUUAUAUUACAACAUGCAAUUUAGCCAUUAGGAAAUGCAUAAUAGAAAAUAAAAACCUCUGGGUAGCAUAUUACAACAUGA